CGUGGGGCUGGAAACAACAAUGGAGCAGCGUACAACCGACUUCAAAAGUCUUGUCGCUUCAGUUGCUUUUGUGCCUUCGCUGGCAGUAAACGUCAGAUACAUCUGUAUAGAAUGUAUUUUGGAAGGCGACUUACUCCUGGUCGACGACUAUUGGAUUCACAAGAGCACGCGAUUGUCGUGGAGCCCAUAUCGAUAGUGGAUGAUAUCGCUGAAGACGAGGAAGAUGCUUACGAGGAAAUGGAUGAAGAGGAGGAGGAGGAUUGCACAACAUCAAGUGCCACGGCUCCAGUAAUGCCAUGCGCAGAGGUUGAAGUUCCAGAGGCAAGCGGAUCGUUCGUUUCUACACCUCCACACUGCAUUGUGUGUAAUCGAACGCCUACUCCAAAAACUCGCUUGUUCAGAUGGCCCGAUGACCAGCAGUUGAGGAGAUCUUGGCUUGCUUUCUUCCAUAUGGAACCCGAUUAUCUGGAUGGUUGCAAAGAUCCAUACAUUUGCAAUGUCCAUUUUGAUGCGAGCCAAUUCCUUUAUGAAGGAGAUCAUGUUUACUGGAAAAAAGAUCCGUUUCCGAGGUUUCGGCAGAGGCGUAGCAUUCUAGCGGAUCCUUUUCCAUGGGAAGUGACAAUUUCUAGCAAAAAACAAACACCACAAGAAGCACAACCAUAUCGAAUGAGGCAUGGAAUACAACACGAGCAUAAAGUUACUUUUCGGGAAUCUUUCUUCAAGAGCAAGUCCAAGUCGUCACAUCCAGUCGCUGUUGUAUCUCUACCUGGAAAUCCCAACAUUUUCUACGAGUUUUCGUAUACAAGGACCUCAUCUGUCGACUCGAGUAAAUUCUACUCAUGCCUGACUUGCAGGAAAGCAAAAAUCGACACGCGGGUGAAAGAUGUAAUUCGCACUAUUCACAUCAAAGAUGGUACAAUUCGCAGCCGUGGCGAUCCGUUUUGGGGACAUCAUUUCGCAUGCCGCCCUUUCACAUGUGUUGAUGAUCCUGACCUCCUACAAGCUGACACCAAUCCCAACCACCUGGGCGAUAAUGCUCAUCAUAUGCAAGGAGUUCCGACUGCCCUUCGGAAGGACUCAGAAUGGGAAACAAGGUAUGCACCGUACUGUACUCCAGAGUCAGUGGAUCCCUCAUUACCUCAUCAAAACGUUAACGACAAUCACGAAGUAGACGAGGUAUACCUAUCCGCAGGACAGAUGCGUACUGUAUCUCCAUCUGCAGCAAACGCAAAAGUUGGAUUCUCUCGACAGCGUAAAAUCCAGUCAUUACCGCGAUGUCAUCUCUGCCGAAAGUUAUUGCCCUCAACGAAACUGCUCGUACAACAUCUUCAACGACAUAUCAGAUCAUGCCCUAAUUGCAAAUUGUGUGGAACGAAACUGUCUCCAGACGACUCAGUGCGUAUUCGCCGAAUCCGGACUUGCAUCAAAUGUGUGAGAAAGAUGGGUAUAGGUGAAAGUUUAUUGGAGAAACAUGUAUAA